AUGAAGCUGAAACUGAAGCUUCCAAACCCGGGUCUGGACCAGCGGAUCCCGUCUCACGCUGAGCUGGAGAGGAUUGAGAAAGAGGAGGCUGGAGAGAGACCUCAAUGGGACAAUAAAACUCAAUACAUGCUGACCUGUGUGGGCUUCUGUGUGGGUCUGGGGAACGUCUGGAGAUUCCCGUACCUGUGUCAGAGUCACGGAGGAGGAGCUUUUAUGAUUCCGUUCCUGAUUCUUCUGGUGCUGGAGGGAAUUCCUCUUCUUCAUCUGGAGUUUGCCAUCGGUCAGAGACUCAGGAAGGGCAGCGUUGGAGUCUGGACCGCCAUUAACCCUUAUUUAGCCGGAGUGGGCAUCUCGGCUAUGUUGGUGUCGUUUCUGGUGGGGGUGUACUAUAACACCAUCAUCGCCUGGGUCAUGUGGUACUUCUUCAACUCUUUUCAGGACCCGCUGCCCUGGAGUCAGUGUCCUGUCAAUGAGAAUCGUUCAGGGCUGGUGUCUGAAUGUGCACGCAGCUCUCCGGUGGAUUACUUCUGGUACAGAGAGACGCUGAACACCACGUCAUCUAUCGGAGAGACUGGAGGAAUGCAGUGGUGGGUGGUGGUGUGUUUGGUGUGUGCCUGGACGCUGCUGUGGGUCUGCUGUAUCAGAGGAAUCGAGACCACCGGCAAGGCCGUCUACAUCACCUCCACUCUGCCGUAUGUGGUUCUGACCAUCUUCCUGAUCCGAGGUCUGACCCUCAAAGGUUCCGUCAGAGGAAUCGAGUACCUGUUCACACCAGACUUGGACGAGUUGUUAGACCCGUCGACGUGGCUGGACGCAGGUGCGCAGGUGUUUUACUCCUUCUCUCUGGCGUUUGGAGGUCUCAUCUCUUUCUCCAGCUAUAACUCUGUACAUAAUAACUGCGAGCAGGACGCUGUUAUCAUCUCAAUCAUUAACGGUCUGACAUCCAUCUACUCUGCCAUUGUCAUCUACUCCAUCAUCGGCUUCAGGGCAACAGAGCGAUUCGAUGACUGUCUCAACGGGAAUAUUCUGACGCUGCUGAAUGUGUUCGAUCUUCCCGAGGGAAACAUCACAGAGACCAACUAUGAUUGGUUCAUUCAGAAUCUGAACAGCACAGCUCCAGACGCUCUUCAGGAACUCGGUCUGAGGACAUGUGACAUGCAGACGUUCCUCAGUCAGGGUGUGGAGGGCACGGGUUUGGCUUUCAUCGUCUUCACCGAGGCCAUCACCAAGAUGCCGGUGUCUCCUCUGUGGUCCGUUCUCUUCUUCAUCAUGCUCUUCUGUCUGGGACUGUCCACCAUGUUCGGCAGCGUGGAGGGGGUGGUGGUGCCGCUUCAGGACCUCAACAUCUUCCCAAAGAGAUGGCCUAAAGAGAUCUUCACAGGGAUUGUGUGUUUUGCCUCUUUUGGUCUGGCUGUUAUAUUCGCUCAGGGUUCUGGGAACUACUGGCUGGCUCUGUUCGACAGUUUCGCUGGAUCUAUUCCUCUGCUGAUCAUCGCCUUCUGUGAGAUGAUGGCUGUGUCUUACAUUUAUGGCAUUGACAGGUUCAAUGAUGAUAUAAAGUUCAUGAUCGGACACAAGCCCAACAUCUUCUGGCAGGCCACAUGGAGAUUCAUCAGUCCUCUGGUGGUGCUGGUCAUCUUCCUCUUUUACUUUGUUACCACUGUAAGCAAAGACCUCACUUACAUCGCCUGGGACCCUGAAUCCGUGAAUUUUCCCGCUCUGGUCACACUGAAUUACCCCAAAUGGAUUUACAUCAUCAUCUUUCUUUUGUCUGGAGUGCCAGCGUUGUUUAUUCCCGGUGUGGCGCUGUACAAACUCAUCCAGAAACACUGCUGCAAGAAAGAGAAACACACAGCAGAAGCCAUCAGCUCCAUGUCUGCUCGAAUCCACAUGAGUGAUGAAGCAGACAAGAGCGAUACGAGCAUUACUACAGUUCAUUCAGACAAUCACAGCUAAACAAACAUCGCACACACGCACAUGACAUACUCACGACCGCUUUACAUUCAGACGAGAGAACACGCAUGACAUGAAACACAGAAGUGAUCUGACAUCAGUGAAACACCACUGUUCAAAACCAUGCCUCUGAAUAUAACAUUGCUCUCAAGAAAAAACUUCUAUUCUAUUUAAUGUUUGUAAAUGGAUGACUUGGACUGAAUUAUAAAAAAGAAUCAGUUAAUAAGAGAUUUACUGCUGGAUAAAAUAAGAACAUUCCUGUGUGUUUUAAAGACAAGUGAAGAUGAAGUUGUAUUUAUUUUGGAUUUCUUCAGUCACAAAGUGGCAUUUGUGUGGUUUCAUGGUUGUACGGAGUUUUGAACAGUAUUGUGUGUACAGUGUCUCUCUCUUAAUGAUAAAUGAUAUUUACACAAGUUUACAAACAUAAUAAUGCACUGAGCUGUAAAUGAUACUAAUGCGUUUCUGUGUUGUUGUCGACAUGCAUCUGUUUUUGUACAAACCAGACUCAACUUCUGCACAAACUAUCUUAAGAAUCUUUCCUUCUUUGAAUACCUACUGUAAAGAAAACCGCCACAAAACAUCCAGCUGACACUAAACUGAAGCUUCUGAGACCUGUCCGUGUUUCUGUACAUUCUACCUAUACUGUAGAAAUAUUAACAUAUUAUAAUGAAAUAUUACACACAUUUAUAUACAAAUUUCGUUGUAUGCAGACAUGUUCAAUGGCAUUCAAAUAUGUAUAUAUUCUAUUCUAUUAUUCUGAUAAGCUAUUUUAUAGUCGCAAA